AACGCCAACCGUCUUACGUCUUGCUUAUUUAAUGCUUCCGUUCUCUUAAUUCAAUGGGCAAUGAUAAACAAAGUUGGAGAUCUUUAACCAAGGAAAAAAAAAAAAUGGGUUCUGGGUUUGCAUCUUGGAGCCUCUUCCUUCAUCUACUAAUCAUUAUGGGUGCUCAUGGCACUGGAGCCAGGGAGUUGACCAAAAGACACCCGGGAGAGUUUAUAGAUCGUCAUGAUCCUGCAAGCAAGUAUGGAGAGUUCGAAAAAUCCAAAGGUAACAUCAUGUUGGGAUAUCAUAUGGAGGAGGAUGAUGUCCAUAUAAGACUACGUGAUUCCCAACGCCAUGCCAUGGAUGAUCCUGCUGAGCUAGACCAUGAUCAUGUUCAUCAAGGAACACAUAGAAAGCAUGCUCAUGCGUAUCGGCCUUCAUCCCACAUGGAUCACAUGGACCCUUCCUCCAUGAUCUUCUUCACAUCUAAGGAUCUGAAGGUAGGAAAAAGAAUGCCCGUCUAUUUCCCAAAAAGGGAUCCUUCAACUUCUCCUCACUUGUUGCCUAGAGAAGAAGCUGAAGCAAUUCCCUUCUCAUCAAAGGAACUCCCACACCUUCUUGAAUUCUUCUCCUUCUCCCGGGCCUCUCCCCAGGCCAAAGCCAUGGAAGAUACACUUCGACAAUGUGAGAAUGAACCCAUUAAAGGAGAGACCAAGUUCUGUGCCACCUCCUUGGAGUCCAUGCUUGAUUUUGCAAGUGGCACUCUGGGGUUGGAUUCCAACUUCCGAGUUUUGACAACUUCCCACCUCACCAAGUCAACCACCCUUCUCCAGAACUACACUUUCCUCCAAAUCCCAGAGGAAAUUCCUGCUCCCAAGAUGGUAGCAUGCCACACCAUGCCCUACCCUUACGCAGUUUUCUAUUGCCAUAGCCAAGAAAGUGAGAACAAGGUGUUUAAGGUUGCCCUGGGUGGUGAGAAUGGAGAUAGGGUGGAAGCUCUUGCUGUUUGCCACAUGGAUACCUCUCAAUGGAGCCCUGAUCAUGCGUCGUUUCGCCUUCUUGGGGUUCAGCCUGGGACCUCCAGCGUCUGCCAUUUCUUCCCAGCAGAUAAUCUUGUCUGGGUUCCAACAAAGUUGUCAAUUUAGUAUUCCGAUCCAAAUGCAUGCGCUUGUUGAAGUUUUACUUCUGAAUAAAUACUUGUGCGCAUAUGGUAGUUUCAUGUAAAUAUUUUACGGUUUGUAGCGUACCAUUGUAAUGAAUAAAGUAGUGCUGCCUUUGGCAUUUAAAUCGAA